GGGAGGGGAGGGGUUUGUAAGACUAUUGAACACUCAUCGAGGGUAGAGACCGUAGAGGCUUUUGUACUUGUUGUGAGACUUUUGAUUAUCUUCGGUUUCAUUCCGAACAAAAAUGGCGACGACAGCGGAAACAAUCUCAGCGGCUAUGCAACUGAUCGACCCAAAGAAAGAGAACCUAAAGAAGGCCUUCGACGACCUUCAAUCCCACUCCGACGUCCUCUCUCUCUUCUCUCUCACCUGGUCCGACCUCGAUUCCCAUUUCACCUCCCUCCAAAACUCCCUUUCCCAAAAACUCCAACUCCUCCAAACCCUAGAGUCCCAAUCCCCAAACCCUUCUUCCUCUGCUCCAAUCCCACAAACCCAGAUAACCCAAGACCCGUCUUCGUCGAAUUUACAGACCCAGAUACCAAAGGACUCAUCUUUGGACCCCAAAGCACCAACCCAGAUAGCGAAGGAUCCGAAUUUGUCGACCCAGCUGGCAAAGGACUCAUUUUUGGAGCCCAAAGCACCAACCCAGGUAGCAAAGGAUCCGAAUUUGUCGACCCAGGGAGCAAAGGACCCGAAUUUGUCGACUCAGGUAGCGAAAGAGUCUUCUUCUUCAUUGAACCCACCGAGCCGGAACAGUGUUGAGCUCAACAGUGGUCAUGAUGCAGAUGCAGUGCCUCCUCGGCCUGAGUUGGUGGCGUUUUGUGAGAAAAUGGAUGCAAUUGGGCUGAGGAAGUAUAUGAAUGACACUAAAAAUAACCGGAACACGAUCCGGUCCGAGCUCCAUGGGGCUUUACGGCACGCUCAGGACCCGGCGUUGAUGGUUCUCAAUGCAAUGGAGGGGUUUUACGUGGAGAAUAAGGGUGAUAAGGACCUGGAAGUGAGUAGUGUGAGGAGAACUGGUGUGCUGUUGUUGGAAGUGUUGUGUGGAGUUUCGCCAAAUGUAGGAGUGGAGGUGAGGGAGAGAGCCAAGAAGUUGGCAUUGGAGUGGAAAGGGAAGGUUAGUAUGGAGGGAGAGAACCAGUUUGAGGCGUUGGGAUUCUUGCAUUUGGUGGCAGCUUAUGGACUGGUGUCUGAAUUCAACAUGGAUGAGCUUGUGGAUCAUUUGGUUGUUGUUGCAAGGUAUAGGCAAGCUACUGAUUUGUGCCGCAGACUUGGCUUGGGAGAUAAGCUUGCAGAUCUGAUUCAGAAACUCAUGAGCAAUGGCAAACAUCUUUUGGCUAUCAAGUUCAUUUCUGAAUUUGAUAUGACUGAUAAGUUUCCACCUGUUCCCAUCUUAAAAGCGUAUGUGAAGGAGUCUAAAAGGUUGGCCAAGAAAGUUUGUGAGGAAGGAAAUAACUCUAAGAAGGCGGCGAAUGAGGCCAUAGCCAAAGAAACCGGUGCUCUGAAAUCAGUAAUUAAAAUUAUUGAGGACCUGAAGCUCGAAUCUGAAUAUCCACCGUCUUCUCUUGAAAAGCGAAUUGACCAGUUGGAGAAGGAGAAGGCAAACAGAAAACGGCAAGCAGGAGCUCCUGCUGGGAAGCCUUUUCAACUGCAGCAGCAGUAUGGUAACAAGCGUCCUCGAAUGACUGCUCCUGUUGGCUCCACAGCAGUCUCAAAUGGUGCAGCAGGUUUGUUGGUAGAGUCUCCUGCUCCAUAUGUGAGCUCUGCAGCUGCACCCUAUGUUGUGUCGGGCACUGCUCCUCCAGUUGCCCCUUAUGUGGGUUCAUCAACUGGGCAGUAUGGUUUUGCAGGAGGCCAGAUGGGUUUUCCUGGGAACCCAGGCCCCUCUAGUACCCAUUUAUACUCAUCCGAACAGUAUGUGCCCUCGGGCUAUUACAACAGGCUAACUGCCUAUGGUGGAUAUGGUGUACCCCCUCAAUACCAUCCAUCUUACUAUUCUCAGUAGUAACUUGCUACUCUUUGUUUCUGUCAUAGUAUACCUAAAACGGUACUAUGGCUUUUGCAUUUUUUUUUUCCAAUGGCAACUGGUUAACAGAAAAGCAAAUCUGCUUUUUUGUCCACCGUGAUUGUAGUACAGCAACUAGACUGGGUAAUUAAGAUCUGUGAUUGCAUCAAUUAAGAUAUGGUGUACCCCCUCAAUACCAUCCAUCUUACUAUUCUCAGUAGUAACUUGCUACUCUUUGUUUCUGUCAUAGUAUACCUAAAACGGUACUAUGGCUUUUGCAUUUUUUUUUUCCAAUGGCAACUGGUUACCAGAAAAGCAAAUCUGCUUUUUUGUCCACCGUGAUUGUAGUACAACAACUAGACUGGGUAAUUAAGAUCUGUGAUUGCAUGGUUGGUUUCACAUGUCUAAUUACUUGACGAUAUUUUUGCCUGCCCGGAUCUUUUCAGGCAUUUAGAAGUACUCAGCAGGAAAGUAGUAUAACUUCUUUUAAUAUCAUUGUUCCCGAGCUCUAACUUCAGUAGACAGAGUUUACUCUUGUGAUCUUUUGUUCCAUCUGCUUUCUCUUAUAGCUAUAUUCAUAGAAGGGCUCAUGCUUUACCUAUUUGUAGUGUGUCCUCCCUGUGUUGCCAGUAGACACGGCAAACAGAAGUUCUGCCUUUGACCAAACUCCAAAGGAAAAUGCUAUGUGUUCCUGGAAUAUGAUUUCAAGUAGUAUACUAGUAUUGCAGAAUUGGUAAACGAGACUUUUUUAUCUUUUUUCUUUGGAAAAAAAUUGUUUAUUGCAUUUAUGGUAGUGCAUAAUUUUUGUUUUUCAUUUUGCUCUCUUUACUGGGGAGGGCUAUUUUCCACCUGAUCUUGAUUUCUUUUAUAGCAGACAUGUUUGUGAUCUUAUUCAAUAGUACAUGCUUCUCAUUGAAAGCCUAAAUUGCAUCUAUGCCUUAGAAAAGGGGCUGUCUUUAGUUCCUAAUAUAAGAGCUACAGGAAAAAUUUGGUUGCCUGGUAAAUUAUGUCUUUCUCUAACAUCAUCUCUGAAUGGAUUUUCUUGCAUUGCUAUGCAGAACAUAAUAGAAGCUUGAUGUUGUUUCCUUUUUCCUCUUUUCUUAUCUGUAUCUUUGCCAUGUUGAUGUCAUGGUUUCUUUGACAAUGGCCUUGUAGCCUAGUAGUGGCAUAUAAGGCAGAAAACUUAUGAGGUGGGGGUCUUCAUCUCAACUCAUCGUUGAGUCAUUCGUCUAAUGGAUGGAAAAUGGGUACAAGUGGUUUAUGUUUCUUUAACAAAAGAAAUAGGAAGAAAUUUAUGAUUUCUUCCAGCAACCUUCAUUAUAUGCAGGACCUGGUUCAAUCUGCAUUCUUUCUUUCAUCAAUUUUUGUUCUUGGCUACCUGUUUCUUUUCUCAUUCUUCAUGCAUCAAUUUUGAUGCACUAGUAUCUGUCUCUGGCAUCACUCUAUUGACUUACUUUUAAAGUCCAUUUGUGUGGACAAUUCCGGUUCCUUUUGUGACCAAGGUCCUAGCCUUUGCUCUCAAAAUUUGGAUUGAGAAUAAGGUAAUAUCUUUUUGGAUAGAGUUUUAUAUUGCUUAUUCUCAACCAUUUGAUCUAGAUCCAAGGUAGAUGACUAGGGUUGGAGGUGACGCUUCGUUGUUAUGUAGCUUAUGGUUGAAGGAAGCUCUACUUCGGGUCAGGAUGUGGUCAUAAGGUGUAGGGGUUUCUCAUUUGUUACUGGCAAUGUAUCCUUCAAAUUUUGCAUCCAACUAUUUUUCUUCUUGACAAUCAGAUGUAAGUAACUGCCCUUAACCAUCAUCAUCAAUGUUUUUGAGCACGUUCUGUGCAUUUGUAUAGUGACAGAUUAAUCUGUACCACAUUAGGUUACAUCUGCUGCCUGUUCAUACAGUGAUAGAUUCGAGUGGGCAUCUUCUA